GCAGCAAAGGUGAUAAACUGCCGGAGGGAGUGAUCGCCACCCCCACCCCGCAAGUGCUGUCUGAGGCAGCAGCUGCAGGAGCAGGGCAGACCCUGAGCCCGCAACUGGAGCUCUAACUCUGCCAAGCCGAGGGCAGAGGCUGAAGAACUGGAAGACGGCCGGGAAGCAGAGACAGCAGCGCCCCGCAGCUGGGACUGCUGCGGCUUGCGGGGACCUGUCCAGGGCGCGCGCCAACCUGCGCUGCUCUUGUUGUGGUCGCAACAGCAGCUCCCUCUGAGAGACUCAUUGCCAGCCGCGCGCCCCUGAGGAAGCGGCCUUCCUCCUUCCCACCCCGCAGCAAUAGGCUGGGCUUGGGGUGCGUGGGUGCGGUCUUGAGGUGACUGCGCCGGUCUCCCCGCCUUGGACUCUCUGGCCCGUGGGAACCCGUCCCUCCCUCAGCCGCUGUCAGCCUCGGUCCCUUCCUCUGUUCUAGCUGGGCCCGGGUCGGAGGUGCGGGACGCCUGGGUCCUCUGGCUGCUUAGGAGGGUGAGAGAGGGGAGCAGCCUUCGCCAUGCUGCGGGCGGGAGGUGUCUAUGCCAUGAAGAAAAGGAAAAAGUCCGUGCCUAAGAGUCCCAGGCUACUCUUUCCUGGGGAAGCCAAGUCCAACCCUUCAAAAAGACACCGGGACUGUCUGAAUCAGGAACUCAACAAACUGACCAAUUUGCUGCCCUUUCCUGAGGAUGUCAGGGCCCGGCUGGACAAACUUUCCAUCCUCAGGCUGGCUGUGGGUUACCUAAAGUUGAAGGGCUACUUCAAAGCCAUUUUGAAGAACCCCAGUACAGGCCGGCCCGAUAACCAACCUGCACAUUCAGGAGGAAAUGUCACGAUGCCUCCCCAAAUCCACCAGGACAUCUUUUCUGAAGGAGACUUGCUUCUUCAGGCUCUCCAAGGUUUUUUCAUUGCAGUCACUGAAGAUGGAUAUAUCUUGUAUGUGUCACCUACAGUCCAGGACUACCUGGGAUUUCAUCAGUCAGACAUCAUUUACCAGAGUGUGUUUGAGCUGAUCCACGCUGAUGACAGGGACAUGUUCCGUUGCCAGCUGCACUGGUCCCUGAAUCCCCCAUCAUUCAGAGAAGCGGAGCAGGACUCUAGCUCUCGGCCUGUGAAUAAGAGCCCUCUGAACAGUGGCACCACCAUGUAUGAGUCUCAGCACCUAUCCCCAGAGAAUCCCUCCUUACUGGAGAGAAGAUUCGUGUGCCGAUUCUGCUAUCUACUGGACAGUUUUUCAGGGUUCAUGGCUUUGAAUUUCCAUGGUGGCCUGAAAUUCCUCCAUGGACAGAAUAAAAAAGCUGAAGAUGGAUCCCUCAUGCCACCUCAGCUGGUCCUGUUUGCUAUAGCAACACCCUGCCAGCCUCUCUCAAUCUUGGAACUCCGGGUGAAGAUCUAUAUUUUUCAGACCAAGCACAAGCUGGACUUCACACCAAUAGCUUGUGACACUAGAGGGCAGGCGAUUCUGGGUUACACAGAAACUGAGUUCUUCAUGAAAGGCUCUGGAUACCAGUUUAUCCAUGUAGCAGAUAUGAUGUAUUGCGCUGAAAAGCAUGCAAGAAUUAUGAAGAUGGGUGAGAGUGGAAUGAGCAUCUUCAGGCUGCUCACCAAGAAGGCUGGCUGGCUCUGGGUCCAGUCCAAUGCCAGGCUCGUGUACAAAGGAGGCCAGCCAGACUACAUCAUCACUCGGCAGAGGGUGAUCUCGAAUGAAGAAGGUGAGGAACAUCUGCACAAGCGGGCCACAUCACAGCUGCCCUUUAACUUUGUCACAGGGGAGGCUGUCCUGUACGACAAAAACCAUCCCGGCUUCCUCAGCUCUCUUCCUCCCAGGGAGCGGUCCAAGGCACGGAAAGAAGCUCAUCUUGAGCAUGACUCAGCUGACCCCGAUUCCCUUCUGGAAGCCAUGAUGCAGCAAGAUGAAUCUGCAUGCAUUUCGCGUACUGUCCCCCCAUCUUCGUUCUCCUUUACAGACGUUAUGCAAACCCCCAGGGAAUGGUGUCCCAAUGACAAGAAUGGGAAGAUCAUCAGUGAUGAGACAGAUUCCCUUUCGGCCAUCAUUGAGACACUACUGGAGGAAAAUGAGACUGAGAGUGACAUCUGCCAAACCAUCCAGAACCUGGAUGUUGAUGAUCUCGAAUUACAGAAGUGGGAGGAAAACAUGUUCCUGGUGAACCAAGUGGGGUCCCCAAGCUUCCAGGGAAGACUCCAGCAGGGAGUGACCCUCCUCACAGAUGAGGUGAUACUCUCACCAGAGAAGAGAAAGUAUGUGGAUUUCCCACCACUGAACAUCACAAAGCCUUUACAAUCCCUAGAGCAACAGGCUCCACUGAUGGGACCAUCCCAUCAAACUACUCCAGUGAACCCACUUCAGCACUUAUUUAUGAACCACUCUAAAGAGAUGGAUGCAGGCCAUCCUUGGGAACACUACUGGCAUUCUCUGGGCCCUGAUACAGUUGUCCAUUUACCACCUGGAUUGCAGGAAAUCUUACUAGACUUACCCCAGCAGAUAGAUGGACAGAGUCAUGAGGGUCCUUUGACCUUUGGGAUGGGCCCAAAUUCCAUAUGCAUCUCUAAGAUAAAAGCAGCAUCUAGCCAAGCAAACCCCAUGGCCACUUCCUCACAUCAGAGCCAUUGGUAUCCCCUGGAACCAAGUUUAGACAAUUCUACAACAGUAUUUCUACCAAAACACACAACCUCUCUUUCUUUGGAAAAAGUCGGUUUUGAGGAGGAGACACAGCACAGAUCUGGGUGUGAUGCUUCUGCCCAGUCAGUUCAGUUCCAGACACAUGAACACAGGAUUCAGUGGCAGGAUCCAGAGCCAGCAGAGAUCUCAGUCCCUGGUGCUCAUCAGGGUCCUCCCCAGGGUAUGAAGCCCAGCUGUAAUUUAGACUCUCUGACCCUAGGAGAGCCUAUGGAGGUGGAACCACAAUUCCAAAUGGAGAGAGCUCAGACUAACAUACUUGGAAACCAGGAGACUAGCCCAUGGAUUUCUUCAAGGUUGGCUGACUACCCUCAAGGGGACAUAAAAGGUAUGGGAAUUCCUACAUUUUCUAAUCCACAGCAGGCCCAGAGAACAAUGCCACCAUGCUUUGGCCAACAGCCCAUUCCCCUGGAAGGCCCUCAGAUUCCAGGGGGCAGUUCCUCCUGUUGGCCAAUCCACCAGCAGCGACCAUCACCAGCCACAGAUGUUUACAGUGAACAGCAAGUGUUCUCAACCCAGCAUCAGCAGCAUUUGGUGCAAGGGACUGAACAUUCUGUAGUGCCCUGCGGGCCAGCUCUGGCACAUCCUGGUGUACCUUUCAUGGGAGAAGUGGGGCCCAGCAUCCAUCACCAGAUCACCCCUGAUCGGGAGGCCAGCUGCCAGGGAGAUAGGAGGUUCCAGACCACAUGGCAGAGGGAAUGCUUAUUCUCUUCACCAGAAUAUCAAUGCAGCAUUCCCACUGUGGAAAGGGACAUCUCUCUUCAGGCAACUCAUGUAUCACCCUUUCUCGGGUCCCCCCAUCUCAUCAGUAAGCUGGGAGAUGCCUUACCAUCUUGCACAGACAGACUCACUGGCUCAGCCCCUGGGAGGGAAGCAAAUCUGGAAUUGGACUGGAGUCUUCCUCCCCAACCCCUGGACCCUCCUUUCUCCCACAUGUUAUUAUUCGAACAACAACCAGAUGGCCAGCCGAUUUUCACUUCUGAUGUUCACUGAAAGCCAAACCAUUAGAAUGAAGAGUCUAGUACCACAGGAUUCCCAGCUACUCUUUAUCCUUCCAAAACGCAGUUUACCUCGAGUUCAGAGGUCAAAUCACUAUAUCUUUCUUGGGACUGAUUUUAUUGUGUGGCUUUAAUAACACCUGUCUUUCCUAGGACUGAAGUUCCUGAUGCUUUUCAAUGGAUAUGUGAAUAUUGCUGUGAUUAAAAAACAAAACAAAA